CCAUGUAUGGUCUUGGCUUGAGGUGGAACGUAACUGCUUCUAGAAAGUUCCUGAAGUUUAUCAGACACAAGUUUUCAUUUAAUAAAGGUUACUAGUAUGACUCUGGCUGAAGCAGUACUGAAUAAGCUGCAGUCAUGGAAAGAAUCGAUUUCUUCCAGCACUGAGACUGAACCAGAUGAGAAAGACAGAGAGACUUAUAACCCUACAGGAAUCCGUCUGGCCACAAAGCUGUGCUACGCUGUUGGGGGAAUUCCAUAUCAGGCAACAAACAUUGCCUUGGGCUUCUCCUUUCAGAUAUUUUUACUGGAUGUAGUGCAAAUGGAGGCGUUCUACGUCUCUCUGAUCUUGUUUGUCACUCGGGUAUGGGACGCAGUAACCGACCCUCUCAUUGGGUACCUGGUGAGCAGGAGUGGGCGAACCCCAAUAGGCAAGCUCCUCCCUUGGUCAGUUUUGUCCAUGCCACUGGGCAUUUUGUCUUAUGUCUUCCUCUGGUUCAUCCCACAUGCUGCAGACAGCUCCUCGGUUGGUGUGCCCUGGUACCUCAUCAUCAGCUGUCUCUUCGAGACUCUAAUGAGUUGCUAUCAUGUCCCAUAUAUGUCACUUAAUAUGUUUCUGGGAGGAAGCAAGAGGGACAGAGAUUCAGCUACGGCUUACAGAAUGAGUGCGGAGGUGUUGUCGAUGCUACUGGCUGCUGUGAUGCAGGGGCAGGUGUUGAGAGUGUACAACGCAGAAAGAGAGAACUCCUGCAUGGACACGGAUAAUAAUGUUGAGCUCGCAUUCACCACCCCGUCUCCCUCCGUUGCUUCUCUACAGAACACGCGAGCCGCCUUCAUGACUUCAGCUCUGUUCCUGGGUGCUCUCUUCUUCCUCUGCUGUAUGGUGCUCUUUCUGGGAGUGAGAGAACAAAGUGGGUCUGCAGACAUUGAGAUAGAGAGACGAUCGUCAUGCCUUGCUGAUCUGAAGAAAAUGGUUGGCCAGGUCUCGUAUCAGCGACUGGUGCUUGGCUUCCUGUUCACCUCUAUUGCUUUCCAGAUGGCUUUAGGAAACUUUGCUUUGUUCUGCAUCCAUGUGGCAGGAUUGGGAGCUCAGUUCCAGUAUUUCAUGUUGGCUAUAUUGGUUUCAGCUACAGUAUCGGUGCCAUUGUGGCAGAUGAUUCUAUUGAGGUUGGGAAAGAAGAAAACUCUCUUUAUCGGCCUACCUCUCUUUAUUCCUGUUAUGAUAGUCCUAGUGUCUGUCUCUGAAAACUUCCCUGUCUACAUGAUCAUGUGCGUUCUGGUUGGCACCAGUGUAGCUACGCUCCUCUUGUUACCAUGGUCCAUGUUGCCAGACGUGGUGGAUGAGUUCAUGGUUGCAAACCCUUGCUGCAGGGCGAUGGAGCCGUUGUUUUUCUCCUGCUACUGCUUCUGUAACAAGCUCGGAGGAGGCUUCUCUGCUGGCAUAUCCACCAUGACACUACACCUGACAGGUUAUAAAACAGGAGCAUGCAGCCACAGCGGAGGAGUUAUCUUGGCAUUACGCCUGCUUUUGGCACCGAUUCCCAUCGUCCUAUUGCUGGUUGGUCUGGUCUUCUUCUAUCUCUACCCCAUCAAUGAGAUGCAGCGCCUGAGCCUUCAGAAAGACCAAAAAGAAAUGAGAGUCAAGUCCCAGAUGCUUCCAAAUAAUCAGGACAUCAAACUACAGCAACGCAUGUCUCGCACAAUAUCUACUUCAUCCAGAAUGAAAUAUUCUACUUCCCAGCCGGGAGGUUUUGCUUCAACAAGCUUUCCAGAUCAUAAUAGUAGCUUAGACUGCACCGUUGAGCGGCCAUUUUAUAAACCAAAAUGGAGGUCAAUAAGCGACUUGCCUGCAUUUCAAAUUAGCACACGACAGUCUUCACUGUACAGUAAUCAGACAUGCUCAAAUAAAGACGUAGUUACAUGGGUGUAAUUUAAAAGUGAGUUGUUGACAGGAAAGUGAGGAAAUCAUGUUCAAAAUUAGACUGGGCUUCUGCUCAGUGCUCUAUAUAGACAGGGUUAUCAGAAUGAAUGGAUUUGGUUGGUUGAAUUCAGUCAGAUUUAUCUUUAGCCUACAUUUAAUUAUAAUAUAUACGAUAUAAUAUUAAAUAUAAUGUUUAAAAACAUGUCUAAACACACAACAGCCAUUUUAUUAGGAACACCUAUACACCUCAUUCGUGUAAUUUUCCUUCGUGUAACUGUCCUGUGACAGUUGCUGCAAGUCUCCAUUCAGUGUACUAUUAAUUUGCCAGUAUUAGUUCAUCAUCUAUGAACUUCAGUGAGUGGCCCAACUCUCAUUUCACUUAUGAACUCUAGAGGAAGAUUUGCUUUUGUAUAUAAAUUUCACCAUGGUAUAUAUGUAUCAUAUCAUACAAGAUGAAGGAGAAGCAGUGUGUGCUGUACUGUCUUCACUCCCACUGGUAAUCACUGGCAAAUCACUAUUUGU